AUGAGCCGCGUUGGCGCUGGGGGAGCACAGAGCGGCAUCAACAUCUCACGACCACGCCAUCAAAUCCCACCUACGCGUGCCACCAGCUUCCUGGAGACGCUGCGUUCUUCAGGUUCUUCGGUUCUUUGGUUCUUCGACAGCAUGCCGUUCCCCUUUGUUCUGCCCACGACCUCCUCCUUCUCCUUCUCCACCAGCUUCAGCUGUGAAUCACACCCCUCGCUGCCCCUCACUGCGAGCACCUACCGCGGGGUCGUCCGCGAUGGCCUCAAGAAACACAAGAGACUGCCGCCAUCCGCCCAGUCUCCCCACAUAUCCUCGCUCAUUACCGCCCUGAACGCCUACCUGCCCUAUCUUUUUGCCAUCGACGCAGGCCUCACACGAAAAGGCCCCCACGCUGCUGAGAUCACCGUCAGCCAAACCGCUCCCCUUGCCAUAGAAUGGCGCCCAACUCUUUCUGACAGUCACGUCCCCGGACGUGAACCGCCCCGUGUCAAGGUCCAAUCCCUUGACCACGAGGUCGCCUUUGUUCUCGCCACCCUCGCCCACGCCUACACCCUCGCCGGCCGCAUCGCCUUGCAGCCACUCUACGUGAUCUCGGUGGCAGCGCCCUCGGCCCAGGAACGGACCGUCGCCAUCCAGACCGCCACAAAACACCUCCUAGAAGCAGCCUCGCUCUACGACCACGUCGCAACGCGCGCGGAAGGCUCCUCGAGCCCGGCCCCGAGCGUCGACAUCUCGCCCCCCGUCCUCCGCGGCCUCGCCUCCCAGGCGCACGCCGAGGCCACCCUCCUCGCCGUCCUCAAGGACGACCCCUACCCCGCUGUCGUCUCGCAAACACGCAACGAGGCCGACAAAGAGUGGAUGUACCGCACGCCCUCCCUGCCCAAGAUGGAAGAGACGCGCGUCAUCGAGCACCUCGAGGUCAAGUGGACCAAGAUCAACGACCUUGUGAGUUUUUUCUUACUUUUUUUUUUGCCAGAUGCUUCUCCCCCCCCCCUUCUGUCCCGCGUGGUCUUGCGAAACCCCAAGGACCUCACAACACCAGAGUCAGUCAGCCAACCAUCAAGACAGGUCACGACCCAAGCGAUCCCCACGACCGGCUCAGUCCUCGCUCAGAUGCCCUCCGGCCGCGAGAUCCACACCAUCAAGCCAUUCCAGCCCGCGGAGCUCGAUCGGAGCGUCCUCGAGGCCACGCGCGCGCCGCCCCGACCGCAGCGAUGA